AUGGCGGCCCGUGUCCUUUCCGCCUGUGUCCGCCACCUGCCCGCGGUCUAUGCACCGCUGUCCCUGCUUCCCACACUGGCCUUGUCCAGGCCACUCAGCAUCACUCUCCACACUGAGGGAACCUGGAGGAGACCCGGGACUCUGCAGCCCGCCUUGGCCGUCGCGCAGGUGCCUGGAAGGAUCACACACUUGUGCCGCCAGUACAGUGAUACACCGUCAUUGACGUUAGAGGAAAUCAAAGACCGAGUUCUGUAUGUCUUGAAACUCCAUGACAAAAUUGACCCAGAAAAGCUCUCAGUAAAUUCUCAUUUUAUGAAGGACCUGGGCGUAGACAGUGUGGACCAAGUGGAGAUUAUUACGGCCAUGGAAAAUGAAUUUGGGUUUGAAAUCCCUGAUACAGUUGCAGAGAAGUUAACGUGUCCACGAGAAAUUGUAGAUUACAUUGCAGAUAAGAAGGAUGUGUAUGAAUAA